AUGUUUGGAGAAUCGCUGGAGGAAGAGUAUGAUGGCACGGGGGCCUCUUACUCUCAAGAUGGCUCGACCUUCUUGGAUUUAUUUGAUGCCGAUGAAUAUGCAGAAUGCAGGGUAGACAACCUCUACUAUCCUUUCACAUCCAAAGAAGAGUGGGAAGUUGCUGAUUAUCUCCUGCGCUCGUUCCUCAGCAUGGCAGCAAUAGAUGAAUUUUUGAAGCUUUCAAUGGAUUGCAGCUUUCAUUCAAAAAUGCCAAAGAACUAUGAAGCCAUGCUGAAAUACUCCCUAGCGGACCAGGCUGGAAAUGCCAGACUAUCUCCAUCCAUCCUACCAAGUCUCCAAUCCAACUCUUUUGGAGGGACCCCAUGGAAUGCUUGGAAAGCUUUUUCAGUAAUCCACUGUUUCAUGACAAGCUUGAUUUUAUCCCUUGCCGUGUUUACAAAACAGCAGAGCGGCUUUUGCAUGUAUAUUUGGAAUGGUUUACGGGAUAUUCUGCUUGGGAAAUGCAAACACAACUUCCCAGAGCUCUCCUUCCAAUUCCAAAGUAUCUACAUCCCAAUCAAUGAAUGCAGGCCAUUGAUGAAAGCUGCUGAAGUUGGGAUUAUGAUGUCCAAUCUGGUAGGAAACAUCCACCAUUGCUUUACCCUUCUCGCAGCAUACAUUGUUGAUACCCCAGAGGCAGCCAUGCUUGCAUAUGUGCAUGGAAAGACCUCUCCUUUCACCAUGGCCUUGUAUUUUCAGUUUGGGUAUAAUUUCCAGCACCCUGCUUGUACGUGCUCCAUCACUCUUGGACAGCUCACUAACAUCACGGUCAAUCCUGAUGACCUGGAGGCUUAUUUUGAGGCUUGUGCUGACUCGCAGCUGAACGGCAUAUCCCUCCAUCUUUCUGAUGCCAGAAUCAUUGCACCAUUGGCACGAAAGAAUUUUAUGACCACAAUCUUCAGUGCACAGUGUCCUGCACCCAAUGACGAUAUCUUGGUGUGUAUCAACCAAUCUUUGUCGUCCUUUCAUGAACACAAAGACGUUAUCUUGAUUUUAGGCGCGUGGAUGGGCACAAAGAAACCUAUUGAAAAUUGGCAUAUUCCUAAGCUUGAGCUCCUACAGAGCAUCACUUCCAGCAUGCGCAAAGUUGGCACCCUCAUACAGUGGUCUGCAGAUGCUACCAAGCAUGCACACAUUUCCGAAAUCAAGGAACCUGCCUGGCAAACAAAUAAUAAGGAUUAUGACCCGCAGAUCUGUCGUCAUCUUGAUUGGGAGGAGAAGUUGCGGUGUUUUGCAAUUGCCACAUCACUCAAGAGCCAUCCUGCAUCCCGUGAUCCUAAUUUUAGGGCCGAAGACAUUCUUGAGGAGGAUGACCUGGACAAUGGAGAUGAACAGGAAACAAAUGAUCCGCGAAUGGCACUCCUUGAGGAGAUGAACCACACUCGUGUUGCAACCAAUUAUUUCCACAAAGCCAGGAAAAUGGCUACUCAUGAUGUGAGAGAGAGAGGAAUAGUUCAUGGGGUGGGGGGUCCAAGACAAAGACCGUCAAUCGAUUGUCUACCAAUCCUUCCAUUCAACCAUGUUCAAUUAUGGGACACAGUUCACCUCCAGCACACAUCUUUCCAUAAUCCCAAUAUUGUGUUGCUGGCUCAAACUAUCCAUGCCUCUCCUCCUGGCCCUGGGUGGCCAAAAGGUCUAUCAGGUUCUCGUAUCGCUUGGCAAGAUCAGUACCUUUGUUAUGUGUGGCAUCUCAACAUUGGCCCCUGCGAUCCUGCCACUGGGGUGCAUGUGUUGAAGUGUGCAAAGCAUGCAGAUGGUACCCCUAUUGGUAGUAUCAUUCCUCUUUGCCAACUCUGUGCAUUUAUUAGUAUCAUCCCUCACCUGGGGGAUGCGGCGGAUGUACAAUUGACUUCAGCUACAUCUACACAUUACUCCCAAGAGUUUUUUUGA